GGCCCGUACGCUUCGCUUCUCACUCACAAUUUUCGCCAGUCCUCAUAGCAUAUAAGCAAUUGCACUUAGCGUUGCACAGCUUGUCAAUUCGCCGUCGCUUCUAUCGCCACAGCACACAACCUCUACAUCCAACCACCUCGGAACAAUGUCGACCAACCCAACCAGCGAGCAAACGCUCAGUAUCAUCGGCUGCGGAAACAUGGGCACAGCCAUCCUCAAUGGCCUCCUGAAGGCCCAGUCCCAAGCCCAGACCACACCCCCGAGCACCAGCACGACCCCAGCGCUCCCCAAAUCCUACAUCGCAACCACCCGCAGCGCCACCUCGUCCACCAAACUCACCAACCUGUUCACCCCCUACCUCACGCGCACCGACCCAGACAGCCCCAAGGUAACCAUCCUCCACGGACCGAACGCCAACCUCACCGCCAUCCAAAAAGCCACCACGAUCCUGCUCUGCAUCGACCCCGCCGACAUCCCCACCUUCUUCGCCGACGCGACCCUCCGCGCCGCCCUCUCCGGCAAAUUCCUCAUCAGCAUCGCCGCAGGCUGGACCCGGUCCGCGCUCUUCAGCCUCGUGCCGGACAUCCACGAUCUCCAGAUCCUCCGCACCCUGCCCAACAUGGCCGCGCUCGUGGGGCAGAGCAUCACUGCGAUCGAGGUGCCCCCUGGCGCCCCUACUGAUACCAGCGAGGGCAGAGCCAACCCCACCGAGGCUCACAUCACGUUGACGCAAACGAUCUUCUCGGCCGUGGGCCAGACGCAGCUCAUCCCGCCGGCCCAGAUGACCGCCUUCACGGCGGUGGGGGGCUCGACGCCGGCGUUCGUGGCCGUGUUCGCGGACGCGCUGAUCGAGGGCGCUGUGGCGAUGGGGUUUCCGCGGGGGGAUGCGCAGACGACGGUGCUGCAGGCGUUGAGGGGGGCGACGGCGUUGAUGCAGGAGGGCGGUCUGCAUCCUGCUCUCCUCAGGGAUCAGGGGACGUCGCCCGGGGGGUGUACGAUGGGCGGGUUGAUGGUGUUGGAGGAGCGGGGGUUGAGGGGCACGGUGGCGCGGGGGAUGAGGGAGGCGGUUUCGGUGGCGGGGUUGAUGGGGAGGCAGGCGGAGGGGGGGGAGGGGUUUGUUAAUGGGACGCGGUAG